GGAAGGAUCACUUCACGAGUUGCUACAGGCCACCAUGGCUGAGGAGGAUGCGGCGUUUGAGUAUGCCCGGAGUCUAAACAGCUCCGGUACCUUAGCACCUGUCCUUCAUGCGUCCAUCCACCUCGACAUCUUCAAUAUCAUAGCUCGAGCAGGCCCUGGAGCAGAGCUCUCGGCAUCUGAAAUUGCUGCUCAGCUCCCCACAAAGAACCCAGAUGCACCUUUUUAUCUCGAUCGCAUGCUGCGGCUCCUUGCUUGCUACUCUGUUCUCACGUGCUCUUCGAGAUCCACUGGAGAAGAAGAAGAUGGGAAGGUUGAGAGGCUUUAUGGACUUGCUCCCCCAGCCAAAGCCUUUGUUCCCGAUGAAGAUGGGGCUGCCUUGUCCGCAUUUCCAUCCAAUUUAGGAAUGAUAGAGCCCUUGCUAUACUUGAAAGAUUUCAUCCUUGAAGGAGGAGGCAAUCUGUUUGAAAGAGUACAUGGGAUGACCUUGUACGAGUACGUAAGUAGAGAUCCAGAGUACAACGAAGGAUUCAACAAGACAUUAACUAAUUAUUCCAAAAGACCCAUGAAGAAAAUCCUUGAAAUAUACAGAGGAUUUGAAGGAGUAACAUCUUUACUCGAUGUUGGAGGUGGAAGCGGAGCUAUCAUUGACAUGAUCGUGUCAAAAUACCCGUCCAUCAAGGGCAUAAAUUUUGACCAGCCUCAUGUCAUACAGAAUGUCCCAUCUUAUCCUGGUGUUGAACAUGUUGCCGGAGAUAUGUUCGUAAGCAUCCCAAAGGCUGCAGAUACUCUUAUGAUGAAGGAUGUCCUUCACAAUUGGAACGAUGAACUAUGUGUGAAAGUCCUUCAAAAUUGCUACGACGCAUUGCCGAGCCAAGGGAAGCUCAUUGUUAUAAGCUUUAUGAUUACUGAGACAGCAGAGUCAAGCAGCUGUGCUAAGCAUGUGGCCCAUGUUGAUAUCAUAAUGUUUAUGCAUCAUGGAGGCAGGGAAAGAACUGAGAGAGAGUUCAAGGCCUUGGGCAAGGCAGCUGGGUUUUCAGGUUUUCAGGUCGUUUCGUUUGCUUAUAACUCGGUUGCAGUCAUGGAGUUCUACAAGUGAUUUGGUACGCAAUGCCUAUUAAACUUCUCCAACGUAUGGUGAGGAAAAUGAUGACUAGGUGAAAUUAUUACUCAUAUGGUUAAUUUCCUGUGUUUUGUUGGAAUGAUAGUAUGCCAUCAAAAACGUAAUUUUCAGGACAAAUUGCACAUUAAAAGUGCAAUUUGAACACUGAAAUUAUUAGAAAACUCUUAAUAACUCUUUUUAUGUUCA